UCAAUGUAAAUAUGCCUUGCCGUGAUAAGUACCAAUAAGUACGAGCAUGCAGAGGGAAGAAAAGAAAAGUUGGAUUGUUGAUUUAAAAGUAUCGUAAAAAAGUAUAAUGGCGCCCAAGACCCGUGUAGAUAAUACCGUUAAUGAACGCCGUUUACGUCCGAUAUAUGACUGGUUGGACAAUGGAAAUAACAAGAAAGCUCUCCAGGAAGCCGAUAAAGUGCUUAAGAAACAGCCGAGCAAUCAAUGUGCCAGAGUGCUCAAGGCCCUGGCCCUGCUCAGGCUCGGUAAGAAGAACGAAUGCGAAACUAUUAUGGAUGAGGUCAGAUCGGAGAUACCUAGGGAAGAUUGUACUCUACAGGUGAUGAGCAUUUGUUACAGGGAAAGACAUCAACCUGACAAAAUAAGCCAAGUGUACGAAGCUGCUGCAAAAGUGGAUCCUAACAACGAAGAAUUAUUGACGCAUCUUUUCAUGUCAUACGUUCGCCUGGGAGAUUACAAGAAGCAGCAGCAAACGGCGCUUGCCCUGUACAAAUUGAAACCAAAAAAUCCUUACUAUUUCUGGGCUGUGAUGAGUAUAGUGAUGCAAGCUAUACACUCGGAUGAAAAGUUAGCGAAAGGAGUCACUUUGCCGUUAGCAGAAAGAAUGGUACUGAAAUUGAUUAAAGAGGGAAAAAUGGAAGUGGAACAGGAAGUACAGCUUUACUUAAUGAUACUGGAGCUUCAAAACAAAGAUGAAGAGAUGUUGAACGUUUUAUCUGGACCGUUAGCUUCGUAUCUCUCGUCGAUUUCACAACGUAAAGCUGCGGUUUUACUGAAAUUAGAACAUUUCAACGAAGCGGCUGACACUUACAAACGACUGAUCAACGAGAGCGUCGACAAUUGGCAACACUAUCAAGAUUAUCUCGACGCGGCUCUCAAGUUUCAAAAGCCGGAAGAGUGUCUAAAUUUCUUGAACGAGAUGAUAAGCUCGACCGAGAAAAAAUUUCGAGCCCCUUACCUGGCAAAGUUCGAACUGUUGAAACGUACGCGAGACGGGCAAGUGAUCGAACCGAUCGACCUGAUGCAUCAGUAUUUCUCACAGUUCGGAGAAAAGAGCUGCGUGGUGGGAGAUUUACGUAUUUACCUGAAUUUGUUGACACCUGCAGGGAAGCAACAGUUGUUACAGAAAAUAGAGGUGGACGUCGCCGUUAAACCCGACGAGUAUCCGACUACCGUGAAACAAAUGCAGAGACACAUUCACUUGGAGCAGUUGCGUCGCAUCUGCGGUCUUCAUCAUCCGCCACAUGCCGAUGCGAACAAACAGAGAGCAUUGGUGGAACGGUUGUGUAAAUUGUAUAAAAUGGGUAACGAACUGUGUCCGAUACAAGACAGACUACCAACAGACUUUUGUCCCGCGGAUUCUUACAUUCUUUUGGCAACGCAUUUACUACACGAAUUGUGGCGCAACACGAACGACGCAGCUUACCUUUACAGGGCCAUGGCACUGUUGGAACGUGGCUUAUUAUCGAGCCUCGCAAAUUUUUAUAUCAAGAUCUUACUAGUACGUGUCUAUCUGGAGGCAGGAUUGGUAGGCGCAGCGGAUCGUGUUUUCACCUUGUUGGACGUUAAACACAUUCAACUAGAUUCUCUGGGUUAUUUGCACGUACCCCUACUUGCCCCGCUCGGUCAUCUCUCGUUUGCUUGUAUAACUUUGGAUCAUACGACUAAAUUUUUUGUGGCAAACUAUAAAGAUAGUGCGGACCAUUUGACGUUUGCCUACAAGUACGGAAGCUUCGUGAAAAUUCAAGAAUUUGUCGAGUUGAAAGAGCGUUUGGAAAAUUCAUUUCACUUUGUCAUGACCACUAUAGAUAAGAUGGUUCUCGAAUUAAGUUUAUGUAGCAGUUCCACGUCUUUGAUCUCGACGUUAGCCAACAUGGACAUACAGUUGAUCGAGAGUUCGAUCAGAUUGAAUUGUCUGCGUGAUAAUCGUGAUCUGGAGGUUGUCCCUGGGUGGGAACCGUCUACCGAGAACCCAUUGGAGAACCCCAGAAUGCAAGAAGAGACACGGCUAUGCAUGUUGAAAUUGCUCACAGCCAGAGAUCUGAUGUUAAAAAUUUUAGCUGCCUGCGUAGCGCCCGACAGUUCCUCUCUUCUCGUUCGAUUCUCCGACGAGUUGAAGCAGCUGGACAACGAACAGAUCCCUGCGGUUCUACAGAAAUUCGAAUCGGAAGGAAAGAAGAACAGACCGUGUAAAAUGUUAGUUCCUAUGGACGGAGUCGAAAGAUUGCGCGAGGCGCACGAUUCGAAGCAAUUGAAAACGAUCGCCAGGCUAGCGGAAUCGGUCGCGCAAUCGCGUUAUCCCGAUUUCGAGUGUAUCCAAACGUUGCAAACGUCCCCAUGCCUUCGGACAAUAGACAUACCCGAGAAAAAUGUUCCGAUGUCUUUCAAACAUUUCCUACUAAGAGCGUCCACGUGUAGCGAGUCUCUCGCGAUCAUUGGUGCCAUAUGUACUUUGUGCGCGACGCAAUCCCAACCGAAGACGUCGCGGAAAAAGAGCAAAAAGAAAUGUAAUCAAUCGACGGAUCUUUCGUUCAACGAUAACGAUCAUAAUUGGAAAGAGAUCGCGAUCUUGCUCGAGGAGAGAGUUCAAAACUUGGACUCGGUGUUGACCGAAUUCGAAAAGUAUCAGUUACACACGGGACUUGGUAACGACGAGGAUGACGUAUCUGCUACUAUACUUAAACACGGACAAGAGAGCCUGGCUCAGAGUUGCAGAUCGCUCAAAUCGCGUACUCAAAUCACGUUGAAACUUGUCAAGGGUUUGAAGAGCUGAAAUUUUACCAAAAUUUUUCUCUGUGUACAAAGAAUAUCCAUCCGAUUGCUUACCGAUUCAUUUACCAUGUACAUAAUUCUUAGUCCUGAUGAAUUAUAAAUAUCGACUGAAUCGUUC